AUGAGAUACGAGUCUGACGAUGAUGCAACCGAUGUUGUAAAGACUGUUAUAAAGAUAGUUCCAUUCAGAGGAAAGAACUCUUGUGUCUUUUUAAAUAUGACAAAGAUCAGAGACAGUGCAAUAUUAAAACUAAUAAAAAAUGAAUAA